AAAAAAAAUAAACAAAAAGGAAAAAAGAAAAAACAAGAAAAAAAAACACAGAGAACACGCAGUAAUGGGGGUGGUGAUAAUCGACGGAUCAACAGUCCGUUCGUUCGUGGAAGACGAGGCCCAGUUCAAGAAAAGCGCCGACGAGGCCUUCGCGGCGCUGGAUCUGAACAGCGACGGCGUCCUGUCGAGAUCGGAGCUCCGGCGGGCGUUCGAGUCGCUGAGGCUGAUCGAGACACACUUCGGCGUGGACGUGGCGACGCCGCCGGAGGAGCUGACGAAGCUGUACGACUCGAUCUUCAACCAGUUCGACUGCGACAAGAGUGGGACAGUCGACCAGAUGGAGUUCACGGCUGAGCUGAAGAAUAUACUGCUGGCUAUAGCCGAUGGGCUCGGCUCGAGCCCCAUUCAGAUGGCUCUUGAAGACGACGAUAGCGGCUUCCUCAAGAAAGCCGCUGAUCUCGAGGCGUCCAAGCUUUCCGGCUAGGGGGUUUCCUCGUACCAAAUCGAACUUGUUUUUGUUUUAUUUUUAAAUAAAUUAAUAAUCGUUUGCUAAAUUUCCAUGUCUGGAUCGGAACUUGUUUGGGUUUUCUGGAGGUGUGUAAUGAAUUUUUACUAUGUGCUGUAAUUUUAUUCUUACCUUGUCACA